AACUCUCUCUGUCUCUCUCUAGUUAGAAAGUCUGUUCCUUUUGCAGUACUGUAAGAUUGUAGUGCGUGUAAUAUAUUAAUUAUUUUUGUAUAUCUGGUUUUGCUUCAAGUUUCCAGUUGUGUUUUUACAACUCAUGUCUGUAGAAAAGGUUGUGUCUUUCAUGGAAAUCUCAAAGCUCUGCAAAGUUCAGAGCUUUGGUGAAGCUAGAGGUUUACUAAUUCUCCUAGCUCUUUUCACCAAACCCAGUUCUGGGUUUCUCCAUAAACUUGCUUCCUCUCAUUGCUUCCAUCUCACUACUUGUGGGUCUUUUCUAAUCUAACUCACUACUUUUGUUCUUGCUUUAAGUCAUCAUCACAUCAUAGAAUAUAAUUAUUAACCUAUUCAUUUUGUUACUAUUAUUAUAUUGUCCUCUCUGAUUGCUUAUUCAUCAUUGAGAAGUGAGAUUUCUGAGAUUUGUGCUGUAUGGGAAUGGUGAUGCCAGCCUUUCUCCAGCUGGUUAAUCUCUGUUUCAUUGGCUUUGCUUUAGCUCUCCAAGGAUCUACCGGAUUGAAUCCAUCACCGUCACCAGAAUCUCUGUCUGUGAACCCUCCUAUUGAGACAGCUCCUGGCCCUCUUCCUCACAGUAAGUCAUUCAGCAGCAAUGUACCAAGCCCAGCGUUACAGCCAAAUGGGUCAGAUUUGCACCCUGCGCCUGCAAUGCCACCUCUUAUGCCUCCCCCGGUGCCCCCUAAAAUGGAAGGACAGGUACCAUCCCUUUCACCAAGUACUCCAACAGUGUUGCCACCACAGAUAUCAGCUCCUCCGCCAUUAGAUGUACAAACUCAUGCACCGUCUGUGCCGCCAACUGUUCCCCCCAAAAAGACACCAGUUAAUAACGGUCCUAUCUCAGUACCAGUUGCUCCAGUUGCAACACCUUCGAGGAAUAUGCCACCAGUAUCACCAGUCCUCAAUUCAAGCACACCAGAAAUUUCACCAUCAAGUUCUCAGGAAGGAAAUGUGCCAGUAAAUAAGGUUCCCAUACCAGAACCAAAUGCUCCAGUACCAGUUGCAUCACCAAGUAAACUGCCUCAAAACCCACCGUCAAGUCUUCCAGUUACACCAGGAGAGCCUCCAACCACACUUCCUGAUCCUGAAGUCUCUCCUGUAUCAUCUCCUCCCCCAAGCAUCAGCCAGAAAAAAGAUGGGAAUCCAGUUGUUGCACCACCAUUUGAAGCUCCAAAGCCAUCACUACCCAUAGGACAUACUCCAGCUAUAGCUCCAUCUGUCGACAAACCUGAGGUAUCAUCUCCUACCCCGAGCUCCAAUUGGAAAAGGGAUAAAACACCAGCUGUUGCACCCCCAGUUGAAGCUCCCAAGCCAUCACUAACCAUGGGCCAUACUCCAGCUAUAGCUCCAUCUGUCAACAAACCUGUGGUAUCAUCUCCUACCCCGAGCUCCAGUGGGAAAAGGGAUAAAACACCAGUUGUUGCACCCCCAGUUGAAGCUCCCAAGCCACCACUCCCCACAAGUCAUUCCCCAGCUGAAGUUUCUGUAGCUCCAUCUGUCCCCAAACCAGUGGCAUCAUCACCUACCCCCAGCAUUAACAGGAAAAGAGGUCAAAUACCAGUUGUUGCACCACCAUAUGAAGCUCCCAGGCAAUCACCCAUGGGGCAUACCCCAGCUAAAGCUCCAUCUGUCCACAAACCUGUGGUAUCGUCUCCUUCUCCCAGCAUUCAAUGGAAAAGGGGUGGAACACCAGUUGUUGCACCACCAUAUGAAGCUCCUAAGGCAUCACUACCCAUUAGUAGUUCCCCAGCUCAAGCUCCUUCUGUCCACAAACCUGUGAGACAUCAUAAACUUGCUCCUGGACCAUCUGAUUCAGUCCCUGAACCUCCUUCUGCUAAUGGAUAUAGUUCUCCUGAAUCAUCGCCUCCAAGCUCAUUCUAUAAACAUCAUCAUUCAAGGAACAACAUUACCAAUCCUUCUACAGCACCAUCGUAUUCGGUUUCUCCUUCUACUUCAAAACAGCAAGGUCCAGUGAUUGCACCGACAUCAAUUCAAACAAGGAGGCAAACACACUAUGCUCCUCCACCCCUAUAUCCAGUGUCAGCUCCCCCAUCUCAUUUACUAGUCACUCCACCAGCAAGCCAUGAUUCACCUGCUCCUUCUCCAGUUAUUAAAGAUGGAUCUGACUAUACCAAAAACUUACCUACUGUACUAUCAUCAGUGCCCCCAACUCAUUCAGCACCAGGGUCUUUAUCAACAAGUCCAAAAGUGCCACCUCUGGCACAAGUUCAUGCAUUACCACCUCCACCUCCCAAUGAAGAUUGUGCAUCAACGAUUUGUUCAGAUCCCUAUACAAGUACCCCUCCUGGGUCACCUUGUAUCUGUGUAUUGCCUAUGCAAGUUGGACUGCGCCUUAGCGUUCCUCUCUACACUUUUUUCCCCUUGGUUUCGGAGCUAGCCCAGGAAAUUGCAGUGGGGGUUUUCAUGCAACAAAGUCAGGUUCGCAUCAUUGGAGCCAAUGCUGCUAAUCAGGACCCAGAGAAAACAGUAGUCCUGAUUGACUUGGUUCCCCUGGGAGAAAAGUUUGACAGCACCACAGCUUUCUUGACUGACCAGAGGUUUUGGCAUAGACAAGUUGUCAUAAAAGCAUCCUACUUUGGGGACUAUGAAGUACUAUAUGUGCGCUAUCCAGGUUUGCCUCCAUCUCCUCCUUCUUCAGACGCUGAUGUAUUAAAUGCUGGACCAUAUCCUGGUAAUACCAAUAAGGCUAAGCCCUUUGGGGUUGCUGUGCCCAAGAGGAGGCAUAAAAGUGGGCUUAGUGGUGGCAUAAUUGCUAUUAUUGCUCUGUCAUCCUUCGUAGUCAUUGCUUUAUGCUCUGCUGCUGCUUGGGUUUUCCUACUCAAACCUAGAGACUGUGCUUCUCAACUAUCAUCAACUCCACGGAGUUUGCUACCUUCUAUUGGAAAACGAUCAGGUACUGUUGGGUCUAUGAGGGAUAGUAGGCAUAGUUCUGCAUCAUUGUCAUUUGGAUCUAGCAUUGCAACAUAUACAGGAUCUGCUAAUACUUUCAGUGCAAGUGACAUAGCGAAAGCCACUGACAAUUUUGAUCCUUCAAGAAUACUCGGAGAAGGUGGCUUUGGGCUUGUUUACAGUGGUGAUCUUGAAGACGGAACCAAGGUUGCUGUCAAAGUUCUAAAAAGAGAUGAUCAACAGGGUGGUCGGGAGUUUUUGGCUGAAGUUGAGAUGCUCAGUCGCCUUCAUCAUCGAAACUUGGUCAAGUUGAUUGGCAUAUGUGUAGAAGAGCACCGCUGCUUGGUUUAUGAGCUCAUUCCUAAUGGCAGUGUGGAAUCUCAUUUGCAUGGAAUUGACAAGGAAGCUGCUCCACUUAGUUGGGGUCCCCGGAUGAAGAUAGCACUUGGUGCUGCUCGUGGUUUGGCAUAUUUACACGAGGAUUCCAGCCCCCGUGUCAUACACAGAGAUUUCAAAUCCAGCAAUAUUUUGCUGGAAAAUGAUUUUACACCAAAAGUGUCUGAUUUUGGUUUGGCACGGACUGCAUUGGAUGAGGAAAACAGACACAUAUCAACACGUGUAAUGGGAACUUUUGGGUAUGUGGCUCCAGAAUAUGCAAUGACGGGGCAUCUUCUUGUCAAGAGUGAUGUUUACAGCUAUGGGGUUGUUCUUCUUGAGCUCUUAAGUGGAAGAAAACCAGUAGACAUGUCACAGCCACCUGGUGAAGAAAAUCUGGUUGCAUGGGCCCGUCCACUGCUCACAAGUCGUGAAGGGUUGGAAGCACUUGUAGAUAAAAAUCUAGGAUCUGAUGUUCCAUUUGACAGUAUAGCAAAAGUGGCUGCUAUUGCUUCAAUGUGUGUGCAACCAGAGGUAUCACACCGACCUUUUAUGGGGGAGGUUGUUCAGGCCUUAAAGCUAGUAUGUAAUGAGUUUGAUGAGGCAAAAGAAAUAGGUUCACGAAGUUCUAGCCGAGAUGAUUUAUCCAUUGACAUGGCUGCUGCUGCAAGCACUACCUCGGAGCAGAUGCCAUAUCCUUUCCAGCGCCAAUAUUCUGCUCCUACCUAUGAUUCAGGCCUUGACACAGAGAGGGAAGCUUCAUUGUUGAAGUUGUACAGUACGUCAGUGAGAACUGGGAGGGAAGAUUCAGAGUCAUUCCGGAGGCACUCAAGUUCAGGUCCCUUGGGAACAGGAAGGAGUAAGCAGUUCUGGCAGAAACUGAGAUCAUCUGGAGGCAGUGUGAGUGAACAUGGGUUUAUGUUGAAGUUAUGACAAGGAUCGCAUUGAAUGCUUGAUCACAUUGAGUUGAUGAGUUGAUGCUGAGAUGUAUUUCUUGUUGAAGCAAAAGGCAGGCAUUCAGAUGAGUUGGAGAAAGGCCGGCGAAGUCUGGGAACUGAGACAUCAGCAAAUCUGUAAUUGAGAUAGAUGCCAUACCUUGAUGACUGAAAAUCAUAUGGUUACAGGAGCUACUAUAAGAGCCAGGUUUGAAAGAACCUAUCAAAUUAUUAGAGUUCGGACAUUAAAAAGUUUUGAGGCAGCUUUUCUAUUUGUAAAUUUGCUGGUAACAUGUAUUCAGACAUCAGAUGCUCGCUUAGUUACGAAAUGUACAGAAGAUUUUGUACAAUAAUAUGCAAAAUGCCCCUGUUACUUGU